AUGUCCCACUACCCCACCCUGCAGCCCAGCCUAGACCGCCACUUGGUGUCGCUCCCCCGCCUUCGCCUGAGAACUGCUCCUUCCUGGACCGCAGCCCUGAAGGCUUUAUUCUCCCAGGCCCCCAAGGGCCGGCUCAGCGGCCUGCCUGCGACCUCCGGCAGCAAGCCCUUCCAGCUCUGGGCCCAAGGACUCUUCUGCACCGAGCGCAACCUGGCCAAGCGCCUCAAGAACAACAGUUUCUACCCGUUCACGCAGCAGCAGCCCAACGUCUUCGUGCUCGAGUACUACCUGGACACGCUGUGGAAGGGGACGCUGCUCUUCCUCGUCUGCUUCUUCCUCGUCAGCUUCGGGCUUGUGAGCGAGGUGCAGAAGCAGGAGACUUGGGGCUUCCCAGCCUACGGCGUGGGCGUGGGCCUGUGGCUCAUGAUCUCCUCGCUGCCGCGGCGCCGCCUGGUGCUGAACCACGUGCGCGGCGUGUACCACUUCUCCAUCCAGGGCCGCACCGUGUGUCAGGGCCCCAUGCACCUGGUCUACGUGCGCAUGGCGCUCAGCUCCGACGCCUACGGAAGAUGCUUCUUCCAGCUGGUUCUGUGCGGCCACAAGCUGGAGCCGCUGGUGUUGGUGCAGCUGUCGGAGCGCUACGAGCAAAUGGAAUACCUCGGCCGUCAUAUUGCCCGGAAGCUCAACAUUAACUACUUCGACUGCCUGGCCACGUCGUACCGGCACGUGGUCCGCCACUGGCCGCCGGGGGUCGCCGUCAGCCCGGGCAUCCUGCUGCGCAAGACCGGUGCCUAGGACAACCGGAACUCUCAGUCCGCCCAGGACCUGUGAUGCUGCCAGCUGGCUCCCACCCCUCCCCCCCCCCCCCCCCCCCGGGACUGCAUUCUCCCUUCCCCUCCAAUCUUCCACCUCCACCCGACCACUGGCCUUCUUCUCAAUAAAGCGA